AUAAUAAAUUGUCUAGUGAUAAAUUCUCAGAAUAUGAAUCUUUAGGUAGUGAACUUUCAGGUACUGAACUUUUAGACAGUAAACUUUCAAGUACUGAACUUUCAGGCAUUGAAUCUUCAGAUAGUGAAUCUUCAAGUAGCCAAUCUUCUAGUAAAGAAAAUAAUUGGAUGGAUGAACUAUUUGAAUUCAAGUUAAACAUAUAUACUUUAAUGCUUGAUGCUGCACAUAAACCUGAUGCAUUUAAAAAAACUUCUCAAAAUAGAUUUUAUAUUGGAAAUGCAAAAUCAACUAUGCAAAAUAAAAGUGAAAAUAGUGAAGUAUUUGAAUAUUGGAUUUAA